AAGAGGAGUGUUGUGUUGGUUGACGGUGUGAGAACUCCGUUCCUGACGUCUGGUUCCGACUACCAGAAUCUCCUGAGCCACGACCUGCAACGCUACGCCUUGCAGGGUCUUCUUCAACGCACGGCUCUUCCCGUCUCAGAAGUGGAUCAUGUCGUUGUGGGUACUGUUAUCCAGGAUGUCAAUACUAGCAACAUUGCUAGAGAGGCUGCCCUUUCAGCGGGAUUUAGCAAGCACACACCUUGUCACACUGUGACCAUGGCUUGCAUAUCAUCAAAUAUGGCUGUUACAACUGGAGCCUGCCAGAUUGCUGCUGGCCAGAGUGAUGUGGUGGUGGCUGGAGGUGUAGAUACCAUGUCAGAUGUGCCUAUUCGGCUAUCACGAGGCAUGAGGAAGAGUUUGCUGGCGGCCAAUAAAAAGAAGACAACAUCUGGAAAAUUAUCAACAAUAUUGAGUGGCUUGCGGUAUUUUGGCCUCGAGCUCCCAGCAAUCUCCGAGUUUUCAACCAAUGAGACAAUGGGACAUUCUGGGGACCGCUUAGCUGCAACUUUUGGUAUCUCUCGCAGAGAUCAGGAUGAAUAUGCAAGUCGCUCCCACAACCUUGCUCAUCAGGCAGCAGAGAAAGGAAAGCUUCAAGAUGUUCUGACAGUCUUUGCACCAGGGAGAUCUAAGCCUGUGACACUGGAUAACGGAAUUCGUCCUUCCACACCGGAACAAAUGAGCAAACUCAAACCUGCCUUUGUGAAGCCACAUGGGACAAUAACUGCAGCAAAUGCUUCGUUUCUGACUGAUGGUGCAUCUGCUGCUCUGCUGAUGAGUGAAGAGAAGGCCCUGUCAUUAGGAUACACUCCAAAGGCCUACCUCAAGUACUAUCAAAGGCUAACAGUUAUAUUUAUUAUCAAGCUUUGAUUAUUCAUUGCAACCUAGGGACUUUGUGUACGUAUCUCUUGACCCUAAAGAUCAACUUCUUCUUGGCCCAGCAUAUGCCACUCCACUACUUCUGGAUAGGUCUGGUCUGACUCCCAAGGACAUCGAUGUGUUUGAGUAUCAUGAGGCCUUUGCUGGACAGAUCUUGGCAAACCUUCAAGCAAUGGACUCUGACUGGUUUGCACAAGAGUACAUGAAACGUUCGUCAAAGCUGGGUCGUCUCCCGCUGGAAAAGUUCAACACGUGGGGCGGGUCUUUGUCUAUUGGGCAUCCAUUUGGUGCAACAGGAGUGCGACUGGUGACAACAGCUGCCAACCGCCUUCUUGAUGAGGAUGGAUCGUUGGCAGUGGUAGCUGCAUGUGCUGCAGGGGGACAGGGUCAUGCUUUGCUGUUGGAAAGGUACCCAAAGUAACUCAUUGUUUGUCCUCAAUAUAUUUUUUGACUAUAAUAAUUAUAUGCAUUGGAGAAAAGCCUUAUGUA